UUUACAUAAGUUAUAUGUAUAAGGAUAAGAACACACUAAAUCCAAAUUAAGACAUAAUCAAUUUUCAUAUCGCCUAAAACUCUCCUAAUCACAAUUAGCAGGAGGAGACUCUCUGCGUUGCUCGUAUCGAAUUAGCAUUCGAAUCAAGUAUCUCCAUCGCUAUCUUCCAAAAAGCCGGCCUCUUUUACAGGUAUAUCUUCAUCUUCAUCUUCAUCUUCAUCUUCUUCCAAUCAUCCAUAGAUAACAUAUUUCUGACCUUCAAAAAUUAAUGCAAACCCUUCCUUUUUUUAACCUAAAAAUGGAUUCUUUUCACCCCAUAGAACUUAUUAACUUCACCCUCUUCGUCUCCUUGUCUGCAGCCAUGGUUGUGAAUGCUGAAUCUGCACAGCUCUGCAAACCAACGGACCAUGGUCCAGUGGUACCCACAACCCCACUUGUUGUAUUUCUUGAAAGCAUCCAAGAAACUGCUCUCAAUACAUUUGGACCGAUUAAGUUUGACCCAAAACUGUACGUUGACUUAUCAUUGAAGUUUGAUCUUCCGAUUACCAAACAAGCCUUCAAUAAUCUCCCCAGAACAGAAAAUGGGUCUGUGUUAGCUUCUGAUUUGAAUGGUUUCUUGAAGAAGUUUAUGAAUGGGGCAGAAGAGGAUUUGGUGUAUGUGGAACCAAUUGACUAUGUGGCUGAACCAGAUGGGUUUUUGCCCAAAGUGGUGCACCAGGGUGUGCGAGAUUGGGCUCUUGAGGUGCAUUCACUUUGGAAAACUUUGAGCCGGAAAGUGUCGAAUCAGGUUUUAGAACAUCCAGAAUUGCAUACUUUGCUUCCUCUGAAACACCCCGUGAUUAUACCUGGAUCACGAUUUGAAGAAGUUUAUUAUUGGGAUUCUUAUUGGGUAAUAAGGGGACUGUUGGCAAGUAAAAUGUACGAGACAGCUAAGGGGAUCGUUAUCAAUCUGAUUGACUUGGUCGACACUUAUGGAUAUGUUCUAAAUGGUGCCAGAGCAUAUUAUACAAAUAGAAGUCAGCCUCCGCUCCUGAGCUCGAUGGUCAUUGAAGUAUAUAAGCAAACUAGCGAUACAGAGUUGGUAAAAAUAGCUCUCCCAGCCCUGAUAAAAGAACACAACUUUUGGAAUUCAGGCAUACAUAAUGUGACGAUUGAGGAUGCACAUGGAACCGCUCAUAAUUUAAGCCGAUACUAUGCUAUGUGGAAUCAACCUAGGCCAGAAUCGUGCACUAUCGAUAAGGAAACUGCCGAUAAACUUUCAACUGAUUGUGAGAAAAUUCAGCUGUACCGUGAGCUGGCUUCUACUGCAGAAACCGGUUGGGAUUUUAGUACCAGAUGGAUGAAGAAUACGUCGGAUCUCACGACCUUGUCUACAACAACAAUUCUACCCGUUGAUUUGAAUGCUUACAUACUAAAGAUGGAACUUGACAUUGCGUUCUUGGCAAAUGUCAUUGGAGAAAGUAGCCAUGCUUUACACUUCACCAGAGCUUCAAAAGCACGAAAGAAGGCAAUGGACGCUGUUUUCUGGAACGAAGAGAAGGGGCAAUGGUUCGAUUACUGGCUCAAUGCUAGCUCUAUGUCCAAGGAUGUUUAUAAAUGGGAUGUGUUGGACCAGAAUCAAGAUAUAUUUGCCUCUAACUUCAUCCCAAUAUGGGUUCAAUUGUUCAACUCAGAUGAAGCCAAGGUUGAAAAGGUUGCACAAAGCCUUGAAAGCUCAGGCCUACUCCAUGCUGCUGGUAUUGCAACUUCAUUGAAGAAUUCAAGCCAGCAAUGGGAUUUUCCAAAUGGUUGGGCUCCGGUGCAACACAUGAUCGUUGAAGGUCUGGUUAGGUCUGGAUCCGAAGAAGCUGGAUCACUAGCGAAAGAUAUUGCCAUAAGGUGGAUCAGAACGAAUUAUGCUACUUAUAAGAGUUCGAAAGCAAUGCAUGAGAAAUAUGAUGUGAGCAAAUGUGGAGAAUUUGGAGGUGGUGGCGAAUACGUACCACAAACUGGUUUCGGGUGGUCAAAUGGAGUUGUGUUGGCGUUCUUGGAAGAGUUUGGAUGGGCUCAAGAUCUAAACCCACAUUGCCAGUAGAAGCAAAUGGGCCUGGGUUUGGCCCAAUAUCGUCCUUUUUUCUAUAUUACAAACAAUUAUAAACCAUUAUAGAUUUGUAGUUGACGAAAUUAAUUCAAAAUAAAGUACAUAGAAAUUUUGUAAAAGUUCCACUUGAUUAUACUUUUAAAAACAUAAUAAACCAAGGACAACAUUGUUCAAGGUAUAAUAUUCACUUGUGAAUAACAAAUGCAUAUUUCUUCU